CCCUGAGAGGAAAGGAGCGAGACGAGGCCAGACCCCACCGCCCCGGGUGUAGCAUGCUAAGACGGGGGCCUUGAGAAUUCGUCCUUCCGCGUUGCGUGUGUGUGCAGUGUGUAUGAAUUGUAUGCUUGUGCAUCAUGCACUUGGCCAGCAUUUGUUUUUUGUUCGGAUUUCAAAACGCAACACAACGUUUACAUGUUAAGAACCAUGGUACUUAUCAACGCCUCGAUUUCCAAAGAUUAAUUGCCCUCUGCAGACAUAAUCAUGAGUUUGUCUCCAAACAGACGGACAGUAAAUCCGUCUUCAGAUUUAUACCGCCCCGUGGCCAUAUCCAAUGGGUACCCUGGGAGCAGUAGCACGCAAUACCAACCACCUCUGCCUCACACUCUCUCCGGCACUACUACCGCCUCUUCGGGGGCCGCAACACCUUUCCCUCCCAAUGGUAUGCCAGCAGUAGCAUCUUCAUAUCCGUAUAGUGAUAGGUCGACCACCGGUACCUAUGCGGGGCCACCGCAAGGAGACGCCAACAACAGCGGGCUUGAGAGUGGGCAUCAACAACCUACCGCCGUGGACCGUCCCAACGCGAACUUGGAGAGCACGGAUUACUGCACCACGUCCUGCGCUUCCUCCUUCUGCAAGUGGUUCAGCGGCUACAUUCUUCUUAUCACCGCGGCGGCACUCAUCGCAUCCAGGGCCUUGCGGGAAUUAGGGCUUGUCCUUCUGUCUGUGUUGCCCGCCAUCACCCUCCUCUCUUUCCUCGAGAUGCGCUUUCGCAAGUCCGUUAUCCGCAUGCAGAUGCUCAUCACCUUCUUCGAAGCCGUCCUGUGGAUGAUCCCUAUCGUCAUCCUGGAAAAUGUGACCAAUUACUUCCUCAUCGUCCGGACAAACUUGCCCAAGGAUGGGCUUUGCGGCAUGUGCAUUCUCUCCUCCUUCUUACAGGCCUACCUGAUCGCCGGCUUUUUCGAGGAGUCAGCCAAAUACCUGGCGGUCCGCCGCAUCAUCUACAAGUCCUACGUUGUGGACCCGCGCGCCCUCGUGGUGUACAGCUGCUGCGCGGGCAGUGCGUUUGGCACGGUGGAGGACUUGAUGUAUAACCUCUCCUACGGUCUGGGUACGGCCAUCGUCCGGGCCUUCACCUCGGUACCUCUGCACUGCGCCACUGGGCUGAUCAUUGGCACGUCGCUUGCCGAACGCAAAUUCUUCCAGCAGGACACGGAGAGGUGGUACAAGACGCUCAUACUCCCAGUCUUGAUCCAUGGAACUUACGACUUUGCGUCGUUCCUCUUUGCGUCGGGCAAUCUUGCCAUCGCCGGCUUCGCCAUCGGUGUUGUCAUUGUUAUAUCGAGCUAUGUAUAUGUCAGAAAACGGGUACUCUUCCUCUUGAAAGCCUUCCCGGAAGAAUUGGAUGCGCACAACAUGAUUGCCAAUGAAAAGCCAGAGGGUUGAUUUUGGGGGAUGAUGAAAACUGGAGCCGUGGGUGCCCUUGCCAGCUGGAGCUUUGGACAGCUAUACUAUCGGUGGCAGGCCAAGCGGCUUAAACAAGCACAUCAGAAGAAAAGCGAUAAGCUCAUAGCUUCCUACCAGCAGCGGAAGGAAGCGAUCGUGGCUCAGUUUGGGGAGGCGUACCAAGCGUUGGAAGUCAAUGCGGACUACGUGGACUCUUUGAUUGCUCAAUUAGAGGGGAUACUGCAGCACCCGGAGACGGACCCAAACAAGAGGAAGGUCGCUGAGUUCAAGCUUCCGGACGCCAAUAACGACAAUAAAAUCUCAAGGGCGGAGUUUGAGGCCUACCUGCGGUCUUAUUUUGCGGCACAUCCUGAGCUAGCAGACGUGGAGUAUCCGUCGUUCGAUGACUUCGAUUUGGACGGCAGUGGAUUGGUCUCCUUCGCGGAGUGGAAGCAGUUCAUCGAGGAGCUGGAGAAGAAGCAGCUGGAAGAGGAGCGGUUGGCCGGGGGUGGGAAGGGUUUGAGGUUGUAGUCGCUCCUUUUUUUGGUGGGUGGGCUGGAGCACGAAUGGUGAGAGAGGAUUGAGGCUCAGUUUGGACAGGCAAUGUGCUCCUUCUUAUCUCAGUCGACGCCGAGCGCACAGGAACAAGACACUUGAGGUCGAA